GGUCCGCUAGUCCAUUCGGCAGGAGCGAGCGAGAGAGCACGGGAGCUCGAACAGCGGGCCCAUCAAGCAAACCGUGGCUGAACCCGGGCGCUCUCCCUGUACAAUACCGAAUGAUUUACUGGUAUGCGCAUUGAUAUGUAUCAUAACUAUAAGCUUGUCGCUGGCAAACUUUGCAAUUCGGUUCUGCCUGACAACGCUUCAAAAUGCAUGUAUCCAGGAUCAGUUUAGCGUGAAUAUGCAGCUAGGACACAUCUUCGUGGUAUCCUUGUUUGUCAUCGCAGCAGUCGGCCAGGACCAUGCUUCGCGGUGGCCCGUCUUGCCGACAGUGUUUGAAGCGCUGACAACGGCACAGGCCCCCCUGAGGAAUGCUAGUAUAGGAGAGCUUGUGCACUGGUAUAGGUACACGAACGGUACCUCACCGUUCUACUGCUUGGAAAAGUGCUGCUGGCGAUACGAGCAAACGCACUGGCCAUACAGGGGCCUCCUACCGGGCAACGUGACCAAGGCUGACCUAAUCAGCCCCAUCAACAACCGCUUUCUGGGCGACGUGGUGUUCCACAAGUCCCUGCCGCUGCCCCGCACGGACCUCCCGCUGUUCCGGCCUGAGUUCGUGGAAUGCAUCCAGCCCACAACCAUCAUCUGGGUCGACACACCCGAGCUUGGUUCAUUUUUCGACACAGUGCUGCCGCACCUGCGCGUGCCCAUUAUCCUGGCCUCGGGAGACAGCGACUACACGGCGCCCAAGAGCUACCUGUCGCAGCUGAACAGCCGCAAGCUGCUGCACUGGCUGGCCAUGAACUGCGACCUGCCCGCCGCCACCACCGCCAAGCUGUCCUGCCUGCCGCUGGGCGUGUCGCAGUGGCUGUUCAAGGACAACCCCGCCUCCCCCUUCCUGGACGUCAUGGAGCAAGUGCUGGGCCGCGGUGUGGGGCUGCAGCAGGGCGUGUGGCCCAGUCCCCGACACCCCAAGUCCAAGCUGCUGCUGGUGGCGUUCAAUAUGCGCUCCAAUGUAGCGCAGCGCACGGCAGCUUGGCAGUAUGCGUGUGAGGGGCCGCUCAAGGCUGUGGCCACAUGCGGCUCGGGCUGGAGCCUGGAGGAGACGUACGAGCAGACGGCCCAGCACGCAUUUGUCAUGGCUCCUGAGGGAGCAGGUCCGGACACGUACCGGGCGUGGGAGACGCUGUACCUGGGCAGCUACCCGGUGGUAAUGAGCAACUCGCUGGACUCUGAGUACGUGGGGCUACCGGUGCUAGUGGUGGAGUCCAUACACGAGCUGACCGAGGAGCGGCUGUGGCGCACCUACCACGCCUUCCGGGCGCGCCAGUGGAACUAUGAGCGGCUGUACAUGGGCUACUACCACGAGUCGCUGGGGCACUUCAGAUCGGGAUUCAACAAGGAGUACAAGAUCACUUAUCACGCCAGGCCCAUGUAGAUACACAGCAGUUGCGAUUCCUGCUAGGUUAGCAGUUUCCUAGGAUGGGUGGGUACGGGGCGCUCGGAGCCAUCUAUUGGAGCUGUCUACCGGACUCUUCCAACUGGCUGGAAGGCUUCAAGGUGGACAUGAAGGUUUCGGAAUGUACCCAAACUUGAGAUGCCUGUCGCCAGAUGGCCGACGGGCCACGGUCUGCGCCGCUUCGUAAUCCUGUUCCAACCUAGCGUGGCGGUUACAAUAAUCGCAGGACGGUAUUGAUCAGUAGGACUAUGUGAGCCGGGUCGUGAUGGACGGAGUGUUGGAGACUGGACGGAGUGUUGGUGACUGGGGUAGGGAUGCCAGCGUGGGAUGCAGGCAUGCGGCCCAGAUACAUGUCUAACAGUGGCCAGGUGUAGCAAAGGUAAUGGCAUGUGCUUGAUAGCAGUGUUGGUCCGCUGUGUGCUUAACUCAUGAUGCGUAUGGUCGUGUUGAUGGAAGUUUGAGAGCAAUGAAGGAUGAGAGAGGUGCAGUGCGUAGUGCAGCGUGGUGUCCCAUCACCGUCACCGAGGUGUGGGCGGAGACCACCGGGUAACACACACGGUUCGUGUCGCGUGUCUGCGGAAUGGAACCUUAUCGUGUCGCACACCGAUUAAUGGCCUCUAAACGCUUGGCGCUCUGUGUUCCGGCCAGUCUGUCUAGGUUUGGCCUAGCGGAUCCCUGUUCAAGACGGGGCAGAGCCCGUAUUGACUCCCAGUUAAGG